AUGGCCGAGCAUCUGGCCUCCAUCUUCGGCACCGAGAAGGAUCGCGUGAACUGCCCCUUCUACUUCAAGAUCGGUGCGUGUCGCCACGGCGAGCGAUGCAGCCGCCUGCACAACAAACCCACGCUCUCGCAGACCAUCCUCAUGUCCAACAUGUACCAGUCCCCGGCCGCCGCCGCCAUCGCCAACCCGAGCGCGCAGAUCAACACCGACCCGCGCGCCAUCCAGGAGCACUUCGAGGACUUCUACGAGGACAUCUUCGAGGAGCUCGCCAAGUACGGAGAGAUCGAAGGCCUGAACGUGUGCGACAACACCAGCGAUCACCUCAUAGGCAACGUGUACGUCAAGUUCCGGGAGGAGGAGAGCGCGCUGGCGGCGCUCAACGCACUGUCCGGGCGCUUCUACAGCGGUCGCCCCAUCCUCUGCGAAUUCUCCCCCGUCACUGACUUUCGCGAGAGCACCUGCCGGCAGUACGAGGAGAACACGUGCAACCGCGGCGGCUACUGCAACUUCAUGCACCUCAAGCCCAUCUCCCGCCAGCUCCGCAAGAUCCUGUUCGGCAGGUACAAGCGACGCGACGACCGCGACGACCGCGACGACCGGGGCCGCGAUGCUCGCGACGAUCGUGGCGGUCGCGGCAGCGGGCGGAGGGGCGACUCCCGCGACGGUCGGAGG